GCAGACUAUAAAAGGGGGGAGCAGGGGAGGAGGAGACUUGUUUUGUUCAAGGAGCUGCAGCAACUCAGAGCUGAAUAGAGAGACGGAAACUUUUCGACCAAAAGGAUUUAGGCUGUGGGGAGGAGGCAUCCCAGGGAUGUGGGCGUCCCUCAGCCUGCUCAUCACUCUCUGCCUGCUCCAAGGGGGCGGUGCGGAGAGUGUUGGGGAUGGGCCUCAUUGUCAGCCGCCUGCGCCGUGGAGGAUAGGGGAGGUGGAGCCUAUGGAGGGGGCGAUGGGCCGGGUGACGGUGGUGGCCCUGUUACAGGCCAGCUGAUUGUUCUGCUUGGUGCAGGCCUCCAGAAUGGACGGCCUGCGCCAGAAGCUGGAGAGUCAGGGACUGAGGGACGUGGCCUACAUGGUCGUUAACCAGCAGGGGGAGCAGGCACAGCGCCUGCACCCCAUGCUGGCACAGAGACUGUCGGUGAACAUCAACCUCUACAAACAGGACGAGCAGCAACCUGAUGUUUGGAAGACACUGGGCGGAGAGAAGGACGACUUUCUGGUUUACGACAGGUGUGGCCGCCUCACGCACCACAUCGCUCUUCCCUACUCCAUCAUCGGUCAGGGCCACGUGGAGAGCGCCAUCAAAGACGCCUACUGCAAACGCACAUGUGGGGAUUGUGUGCACGAGAGCGACACGACACCUGAGGAGUGUGUGGAGAAAGCGGCUGCACAGCCUGACACAGACGCUCCCCCGGUUGUGGAGGACAAUGGUGAGGGAGGUGGACAUCAUGGACAUCACCACCAUGGCCACCACGGUCACGGCCACGGACACCACCACGGUCACCACCAUGGUCACCACCAUGGUCGUCACCAUGGUGAUGGCCAGCAAGCUGUAGGACACCACGGGCACGAGGGACACGUUGGGGCAUCUCACAGGCAACAUAAUUCCGCUUUAGACCAGAUGCAGCAAGAAGCGCAUAUUCCCCAGAUGCCGCAUGGGGCCGAAGCGGCCCCUGCGAGGCCCUGAGUGGAAGAGAACGCCAGAUGUAAGUCAAAGCACAGCUGAAAGUUGGCAGCGGGCUCCGACAACGAAGCCUCUCUUAAGCUCAGCUGAUGCUGCCACUGACGCAGGCUGUUUGGCGAAGCGGGGAGCGAGCAGCCGCUGGGCCUGUGACACUGUGACGAGGCGCUUCCCGCCUCCUGACAGUGACACGGGCUGACGGCCGGCGUAGCCAACGACGUCAGGGAGACCUGACAGUGACGCUCGCCCCCGGCCGGCUGACAGCAGCCUGAGCCGGCCCCGUGAGCCUGAGCCGCCGGUGUGAGCUGAGGAUGAGAGCAGCUGUAGGCCGACUCUGAUUUCAGCCUCAGAUUGAGACCACCUAGAAACACCGGGGGCCAAGCGCUCUUUUAUACCAACUAGUACGACCCUGGGAGAGGUCAGGGCAAGCCUGCGCGCCACGCACGUGGGACAGAUGAACACAAGUCCAAAGUCACACGGGUAAAUAACGCCAACAAUUUGUCGGCCGGCCGAGGUAUACAAAUCCAAGAAUACAUGCUGUGUUUCGCCUGUUCUCCAUGUGUCGGUCUGCGGGUUGCCCUCGUCCUGUCUCAGGAUGCUUGUGGUUGUCGGUGUUCACAGAUGGGCCCCCCCGCCGUUUUUGCUCUCUCCAUCCUUCAUGAAGCCAGGCGCAGAAACUACGCUCUAGUGGCGUCUGUUGGAAGUCAGGAUGGAGGGAGAGGAGAGGGUCGUUCGUGAACACGACAAACACGUUAAACAUUACCGGAGGAGAGGUUAGGAGGAAACAGAAGAAGAAUAGAAGAAAAAGUGUACAAUCUGCGAAGAGAAAAUCAAACUAGAACCGAAAAAGAGAAGUUUGCAGUAAAUGCCACAUUUAUUUGUUAGCGAAACCUGAAAAGCACUGUUUUUAUUUUCUUGGAACACAGUUCUGAUCACAUUUAAAAGCUGAAACUUUAGUGCAGGCUAUUGUUUGUUGUUCAUGAGCGCAUAUAAACCACCACAAAAAAAACAUGUAUCUAGCAUAGUUUGUUUGAUAAAAAAAAAUAUACAUUUAAAAUGCUGAGUGCAAGAAAAACAAAUGAAAAGACUCUAUUGAAGUGAGGAGGGCAGAGGGGAAAAUGAGCGUGAAGCUGCAACUGUUGGAAUACGCUCUCUGUACUCAAUGAUGGUUUCAGCGGAAAGAUUAAAAGUCACCCUGAAAACCUGAUGCUUGUACAGGAAACUGUAUUGUGUAACGAAUGUCAAACAUAGAACCGAGAGCUGAAUAAAGAUGGUUGAGUUACUUUUGA